GUUUUGACACCUUUGAGCUGUUCUUUUCCACUCUUUUCUUUCCUCUAUCGCAUCGUCUCUCCUUUUUUAUUUUAUCUUCUUACUCUAUCUGUUGUCGCGAUACCCUCUUGUUCAAUAUGACAUGGGAACUCUCUCAGAGGCGGUUUAUCCGCUCCAUCAACUCAAAGUACAUUUACGGUCGCAUCCCUCUACUGCAUACCAUCGUCUUUUUGAUCGAAAUGGCUUUCAUUGCUAGACUUACCGCGCGAUUCAACUCUUACUAUGAUGAGCGACCACUCAUGACCAUGAUGGUCACAAACGCCAUCCUUGGAGGCGUCGCAGACACAGUUGCCCAGUCCAUUACCGCCAUCCGCGAACGAGCUAUCCGCCAGCCAGGCGGCCUUAAGAAGAAUGACGGCGUCGCUAUCGAGAUCCACGAGCUCGACCGAAAGAACCCCUUCUACGAGCGCGACCUGAUCCCAGACUCGGUCGGCCUUCCCCCGCCCUUUGACUUUGAGCGUCUCACGCGCUUUAUGGCAUACGGUUUCUGCAUGGCUCCUGUACAGUUCAAGUGGUUCCGAUUCCUCGGGCGUAUCUUCCCCGUCACCAAGACGAGCGCUUUUGUUCCCGCCAUGAAGCGUGUUGCUUUUGACCAGCUCAUCUUUGCGCCAUUCGGUCUGGCUGUUUUUUAUACCACUAUGACAAUUGCUGAGGGCGGCGGUCGUCGCGCUGUGUCCAACAAGCUUCGGGAUAUGUACAUCCCUACACUCAAGGCUAACUACGUUGUGUGGCCUGCUGUGCAGAUUGUCAACUUCCGUUUGAUGCCUGUUCAGUUCCAGCUGCCUUUCGUGUCUACCAUCGGUAUUGCUUGGACAGCAUACCUCUCCUUGACCAACUCUGCCUCCGAGUAA